AUGAAGAGUUGGCAACUGCAUGCUGAAGAUCUACAUGCAGUUCCGAAAAAUGAAACAAACUGUACUGGUUUUGAGGUUUUGGCGGCAGAACAAGUUCUGGGUGCCGGCGAAAGAGAGAUCUGGCUUGAUGGACCACAAGAUGAUCUCCUUGAUAUUGAUGACGCUUCAAUCUUGUAUGGAGACUUUCCUCCUCUUCCGGAUUUCCCUUGCAUGUCGUCUUCUUCGUCAUCUUCAUCAAAUCCGGCAGCGGUGAAGGCCAUUGGUAGCUCUUCAUCGUCAUCUUCGGCUACUUCAUCUUCUUCUGCAGCGUCUUGGGCAGUUUUAAGGUCAGAUGUAGAAGAAGAUGUGGACAAAAAGAUUCAAAAUGAUAAUCAAAAUCGAUCAGUAGAUGUACCACCGACUUUGUCAUCUACUACUUCCAUGGAGAUUAUUCAGCCGACGGACUGUAUCGAUGGCGGUGACUGCAUGGAUGUGAUGGAGAAUUUUGGGUUCAUGGAUCUGCUCGAUAGCAAUGAUUUGUUUGAUCCUUCGUCUUUGUUUCACCAUGAUGACAACCCUCUUGAACAGUUUCAACAGGACAAUAAACCACCUCAGGAAAUGCCACAACAAGGACAUGCACAGUUUAUGAUGCAGAACAACAAUGAAGAUAGCCGUGAAGUAGGGCCUUCAGAUGACUUGGCCAUGGUAUUCUUGGAAUGGCUGAAGACAAACAAAGAGACCGUUUCAGCUGAAGACUUAAGGAGAGUGAAAAUCAAGAAAGCUACCAUAGAGUGUGCUGCCAAGCGUUUGGGUGGUGGAAAAGAAGCCAUGAAGCAACUCUUGAAACUUAUACUUGAAUGGGUGCAAACUAAUCAUCUCCAAAAGAGACGCAUUAGAGAAUCAGCCUCCAAUCUUCCCUACCAACAAUAUCAGGACCCUUUCCAAAACCCUAACCCUAACCCUAACCCUACCUCAAACCCAAGCCUGAAUUGCAAUCCUAUCCCGCAUGAUCAACCCAACCCUUGUUUUACCCAGUCGCCAUGGAUCGGGCAGCCGUCUUACAUUCCUGAUCCGGCAACUGUGGUGCCGGGAUUUCCACCUAUGGUUGGUUACAUGGGUGACCCAUUUGCAAAUGGAGCAUCUAAUAUGAAUGGCCACAGUUAUCCUCCCCAUACAGAAUAUCAUAUGCUUGAUUCUGCUCAUUCAUGGCCCCCUUCUCAGUUUGCUAUGGCUUCUCAUUACAACUCGUUUCCGGAUAACAAUCUGCACCCCGCUCCUCCCCAUCCCCAUGCAUUCACCGGAUAUGGGAAUCAGUACCCAUACCCAUAUGUUCAUGGGCCUGGAGAUCAAAGGUUGAUGAGGUUAGGUUCUUCUGCCACCAAGGAAGCUAGAAAGAAAAGGAUGGCUAGGCAAAGAAGGCUUUCAUCGCAUCCAAGGCAUCAUCAUCACCACAAUAACCAGCAAAACCAGAUGUCGAAUGAGAGUGCAGACCAGCAUGCAAGAUUUGGUAAUGAUAGUUGCAACCCUGCUGCUCAAGGCAACACCGGAAACUGGGUCUUCUGGCCCUCUCCUGCAGGUGGUGCAGCCUCGGCCACGCCGAUGCUGCCUCUAGACAGAUCUUCCAUGCAACCGCAGAAUUACCAGCGGCAGGUUGCUUCAGAUAGGAGACAGGGAUGGAAGCCGGAGAAGAACCUGAGGUUUCUGUUGCAAAAAGUAUUGAAGCAGAGCGACGUGGGUAACCUUGGAAGAAUCGUGUUGCCAAAAAAAGAAGCAGAAACUCAUCUCCCAGAACUGGAAGCAAGAGACGGCAUUUCUAUUGCCAUGGAAGACAUUGGAACUUCUCGUGUCUGGAACAUGCGCUAUAGAUUCUGGCCAAACAACAAAAGCAGGAUGUAUCUCCUUGAAAACACAGGAGAUUUUGUUAGAACAAAUGGACUUCAAGAAGGAGAUUUCAUAGUCAUAUACUCAGACAUCAAAUGUGGCAAAUAUUUGAUAAGAGGAGUGAAGGUGCGGCAACCAGGACUAAAAUCUGAGACAAAGAGGCCAGGAAAAUCGCAAAGAAAUCAGCAUGCAAGCACUCCAGCCACUGCUGGAAAUGAUUCGUCAUCUUCACCCAUCCCUCAAACAAGAAAAUUGAUUGAUCUGUACGAAUUUAGGGGAUAUGUAGUUGGUUUUAUUGUUACGGUUAUGGCGUUUUGUCGAGCAAUUGGUGGGCAUCGGAGAGUCAUUCGUCCCUUCUUUACCGCUACUAGGGGUGAAGCGGGAGAGGAGUAUGUUAUAUCGUUCAAAACACUAGACGAUGUAGGAGAUGAAGGGAUAGACCUCCUAAUGCGGGAUCUAGAAGGGGUCAUGCAUGUGAGUGCAGUUGCAGGGCCACUGUUUGAGAAUGUUGUUGACGCCGAGGAUGAUGAAACUUCAAUCGACGGGAGGGAGGAAGAGGAGGAAGAGGUUCGUACGCCUCCACCAAAUUGGCAAACUGGUACAACAAGUACCACUUUACUGAGGCGUCGGGGUCGAGAGAAUGAGGUGGUUGACCUCAUAAGCAGUCUGUUUAAGAGUUUUACAAUAACCGUUUAUGAGAGGUUUGAGAAGAUGGAAGAGCGGAUGAAAAUGGUAGAGGAGAAACACAUCGAUGAGGCCAAUGGUAGAGGUGCAAGAAAGGGAGAUAAGCAGAAAAGAUUGGCCACAAAUGACUUUGACGGUGUCCUUGAUGAUUUUCAGUUUGAUGACAGGAUGAUGCAGUACACACAGGGGGGAAAGACCCAAAUAUGA